CUCUCUUGCUUUCUCUUCUUUUUCUUUCUCUCUCUCUUUUGUUGAGUCUUAAACGCAUAUUCACAGAUGGGGGGUGAAUCGUGGUGAUUAAUGGUACAAACUUGCUUUUUUGUGGAGAGAACCUGAUGCCCUUUUGAUGUGUGAGUGGGUGGUGCUGUUUUUCUCUCGUUCUCAUCUCUCUCUCUCUCUCUUCUCGAGUCUAAACAGUACUCAAAAACACCUCCUUUCUCUCUUAUUUUCUCCUCAAAAAACUCUCUUCGAAAACUGCCUCAAAUUCCCAAGGUUUGUAUGCCCCGAUCUUCUCUUCUAUCUCCUUGAUUGUGGAUCUCUUCUAGACCUACUGCAGCAGCUGCUGUUCAAAGCAUCCAUCUUGUUUCCUGGGCUAAAUGGAUGAAGAUUCGAGUGGGAUUGUUUGAUCUUGUGAUACUGCUUGUUGUCGCUGCUGCUGCUUUUCGUGGAGGUUUGUGGUUAUUAGAAACUACGACUAGAGAGAAUACGUGUUAUGCUGAAGAUAAGGGGCAGUGCUGGAGAUAGAAGCAGUAGCAGUGUGCUUGUGACUGUUGUAAAAACAGCACAAGAAGAGAGAAGCUUUUCAUCAGAUGUUAUCCAUUGAAAACCCUCCACCAGAUCCCCCAUGUCCUUGCCAAUUUCUACAGCUGAAAAGUGGUAGUGAUGAGAUUGAGAGACCUCCUCAUAAGCUUCCCUUGCCUGAGGUAGAUCUGUUAAAGCAGCCAUCUCUUGAUCAUCAUCAUCAUAAUCAUCAUCAUACCCCACUCCCCAAAUUUUCUAUAAGAAAUUAUGUGUUCACUGCCCGGAGCAAGGAUAUCAAGACGAAUUGGCCCUUUUCUCCAAAAAAUUUGCAACUUUGUUUGAAGCAUGGUUUGAAGGAUCCAUUGCCACCAUUUCAGCCUCUUGAUACUGUAAGAAACCAAUCCUUAAAGAGAUGUACGGUUGAAACCAAUCCAUUUGAGAAGCAAAAUACAAGGGAAUUCGAUGAAGAGCCAUCUGGGUCAAACGAUGAUGUGGUACUAGAGUUAUCCAAUGAUGCUCACUCGAACCAUGACAUAGCAGGUACUUGCAUAGACAAUAGCUCAUGCAGAUCCGGAGGAGAACAUGAAAAUGAUUUACCCUCCACAACAACAAGUGCUUGUCAAUCUGAAAUAGACUCAGUUCUCGUUAACAAGCAGUCCAACUUACCAUUAGAAACUGAUACGUCAGUGGAAGCAUCAGCUGAAGUUCAAGCUACUGGUCCUUUUAAGUCCCAGAAGACUGAAAACACAACCCGGCCCUCGGGCAAGAAGUGCAGAUUAAUAGUGAAAUUUGGUCCCCAUUCUGAUCGUAGCUCCACUGAAGAUAUUGCUUCGAAUUGUACCACUGUAUCAGAAUCAAUGGCUUCAAAAGUUUGCCCUGUUUGUAAAACUUUCUCGUCCUCUUCCAAUACCACCUUGAAUGCUCACAUCGAUCAGUGCCUUUCUGUUGAGUCAACUCCCAAGUGGACAGCGGAUUCUAAGCUUACCAGGAAUAGAAUUAAGCCAAGGAAGACAAGACUGAUGGUUGAUGUAUAUGCUACGGCCAAACCAUGCACAUUAGAAGAACUUGACAGGAGGAAUGGUACAAGCUGGGCUACUGCGUCAAACAUACCUAGACAGGAUUCUGAGAGACUUGAAAUAUCUGAUGAAGGGAAAAAGCAAAGAGUUUCCCCAAUUCAUCCUGAGGAUACUGGUGAUGUAGGUGCUGUUUAUAUUGAUGCCAAUGGUACCAAACUGCGGAUUUUAUCAAAGUUUAAUGAUGUGCCACCAGUGUCAAAAGUUGGAGAGGAUCUUGGACCGCACAAAUCUUUGAAAGGAGGUAAAGGAAGCAAAUUCUUUUCAACCAAAAAGAAAAGGCGCCAUGCCCCAAAACAUCACAAGUACCUUAAACUUGCUCCUCAAAGCAGAAAAAUUUUCUCCCAUAAGACCCGCUCUUCAACGAUAGUUGGAGGUGAAGAAGGAUAUUGUGGAGUAGAAGAAAGUUGCAGGAGUGAGGGCCCACAGGUGACAAAGCAAAUCAAAUCUAGUGAUUCUAGAAACUUAAGGCAACGGGUGUGCUCUAAACGAGCAGGUCUUUCAAGGAAGCCUAAUGCUCAAGCUAGACAGCAACCUUUGAUUUGUAAAUGGCAUGUUACUCGAGACUUGCGGGUUCAGAGUGACCAAUCACAUCAAGGGGAUCAUGUGGUGGAGAGAAAUUGUGUUCGCAAGUUUAAAAUUUCAUCUGAAAACCCAAUUUCUUCUCCUGAGAAGUGUGAGACGAUAGAAAAGCCUGUUUAUGAAGCCCCAGUUAUUGAUAAGAGGGAGCGUUCUUUUGGAAGAAAGAGAGUAAGGAGUCCCUUGUUUGGAGCUAGAAUCUGUAACAAUGUGGAGAGGUCUCUUCUCCCACUUAAGCAAAAUGGAAAUCAGUUGAGCAAAGACCAUCCCUUUGUACAUGAGGAUCAUAUGGUGAGAUCUCUGAACUCUGGUGGAAAUUGCAUAUCUUCAUUGAGCAAAAAGAUGGUUGAUAUUGAUGCAAAUAGUAAUCCUGAGACACCUGUCACUGCUACUACAACUAUUAGUCAACAUUCUUUUGCAUUCAAAUGCUUCAGAUCCUCACCCAAGAAAAAUGUACUGGCUGCUAGCAACAGGUCAUCCAUGGUUGAGUCUAGGUCAAACUUGGUUGAGAAAUAUUCAACGAGGGAGAGUCAACUGCAUUUUGUGGCAGAAAUAGAUGAGGGGGCAAUGGCCUGGUGCCCUGAGGUAGAUCAAGAAUGUGAUUUGGUGCAUGAUGGUGCUAAUGAUCAAUGUGCGGGGAAAGAGAUUACUGAAGAACUGUCAUUUGGUGGAAGCAGUGUCCAGGGAACUGGAGAACAACGAGGAAGAGUAAGUAUUUCCGGGAGGGAGAUAACUAUGCCUUUGAAGAGCAUACAAUCGGCACCUUACUGUUAUGAUCAUGAUGAGAGGGAGAACACAGAUUCUUCUGCUCGAGGCAAUGAAGAUAUUCUGGAUAAAGUUGAUGGUUUGGAAUCUGUUGAGGAGACGGUUACUAGUUUGAGUCAGUCAGUAGAAACCAAGUUUAACAAACUGAGUAAUCCUUCAAAGAAUAGAUCCAAUUCUUUACAAUCUAUUGAAGAUUACAGUGGACCUUUAUGUGGGGGUCAAGGACUGCCGGACCCUACGAGGCCAAGUCUUGUUGAUAAACCUAACAUGUUUUGUGCUGAAGUUGACCAUGGUAUAAUUGGACAAACUUCUAAUAUGGGAGGAGAACUAGAUUCUGAUGCAGCACAAGGGAACUCUUUUCCUGAGGUUGAUCCAAUACCUAUUCCCGGUCCACCAGGUUCAUUUUUGCCUAGUCCUAGGGAUAUGGGCUCUGAUGAUUUUCAAGGGAAUUCAUCAUUGACAACCAGCCGGAUUCAAUCCUCUCAAGAUCAGCUUGAUUUGGUAGAUGGAGACUCAUCAGAUUCACCCAUAUCUGCAGUGUCAACAAUCUCUAAUUCUGCGGAAGCUAGGUCAGAUUUGAAGUAUGCAGAACCAUCAGCAUUCAUUGGUCCUCCUGCAACUCUAGAAAGGGAUAGAUCUGGCUACUCUACUGCCAAGCCUGAGCUCUUAGUUGAGAAUGGUGCUGCAGUUCCGCAGACAAGCAUGGGACCUGAAAGAACUUUUGAAGGAGAGAAAUUUAGAGUCCAUAGAAUAUCUAUGGAAAAGAGACCUUUGAUUUUUAAAAAUGACGAUCAGCCAUGCUGUUGCCAAAGAAAAGAGAGAUCCUCUCAGAGUUUUUCCCUAAAUUAUCAGGAGUCACCACUACUAAGGCGACGAACAAUGGCUUCAAUGAUGGUGCCUGCCACAGGAAUGCAAAUUGGUACCAAUCCAAAUAUCAGACAUAAUAAUUUGGAUGCAAGACCAGAAACAUUUUCUCUGAGCAGCGGUGCAAAUUUAGGAUCUGAACAAAUGGUUCUCCCUACCGUGAAAACCCCUGCAGGUCCCAUUCCUUUUAAAGGAUGCCCUGAUGCUGGUGUCAAGCUUUCCAGUCGCAGUGACUGUGAUUCUGCUAGUCCAUCUUCUUCCAAUCCCAUUCUCAGGCUGAUGGGAAAGAACUUAAUGGUGGUUAAUAAAGAGGAAGAUGCAUCUGUGCCACUUGGUCAGGCCCAGUCAUGUGCCCAGAGUAAUUGUCUAACUCCUAACUUUCCAACUUCUUCUGGAAUCUCCUCUAGCAAUAUCCGGAAUCAAGGUGGCCUGUCCUUCCAUCACACAAUGCCUCAGGGUUCUUUAAUCUUUGAUCAGAAUCCAAAUGAUUUGGUGGGGCAAUCUUUUGAUGUUCGGUUGACUAAUGGCUAUAGAAACCGUGCAAGUCUUGCAACACCACAAACACCUUUGCAGUUUCCAGCUGGCAUGGUUCUUGAUGAGCAUAUGGAUUGUGGUUUCACGGCCUCUAUGGAGCUGUACAAGUAUGAAGGUAACUGUAAUUUGCCAACUCGACCAAAUAGACCUAAGAACAAACUAGGUCCAGCAGCAACAUAUGAUAUGGAGAAAGUUACAACUUUAGACUGCCGACAACGUUAUGGGGAUUCUGCUGUUUCCAGUAAAGAAGUCAUUGUCAUUGAUGAUGCUCCUGAAACUGAAACCAACAAGACAGCUGACAUUGCCAAACACUCUGAAGGAUUGAGGGAAAGCCAACUAAUAUCAUAUGGCAUUUCAAUGCCAUUAGUUCCUAAUCAUAUUGUAAGGCACAAGAAUCCUUUUUCUCGUUAUCAGUCAGAGGACUCUCCUUUAAUAGGUGACCCAACAGUGGUGCACAAUAACAACUUUCACACAAUCCCUUCCAGGAGAGCCAAUACUAGUCCUGUUAGGUGGGACUGCACUUCAGAAGGUUCUGGUGUGCUGCAGCGGGGUCCUUUUAUGGCUGCAUCGCCCUCAACAAGCCAUCUCAGAUCUGCACUCUAUUAUUCUCCAAGUUUGUCUUAGCAGCUUUGCUUGGGAUGGGAAUCCUUAGAUGGUCUAUGCAUCAGCAGGUUUCAUAUCAAACUUGUACUGAAUCUUGAGCUUCUCCAUGACAACUGACAGAAACUUUUGGGGUUCGAAAAUGAUUCUCAACAGCUAAAAUAAUGGCAGUUUGAUUAAUAGAUUCGGUGCAAGUUCAGCAAAUGAGAUCUCAGAGUUUGUAUUUAUUUUUUAUUCACUUACUGUUGGGUAAACUUCAUGCAGUUUUUGAGGCUUCUGCUUAGGCAAUUUUAAAGUUAUCCCAGAGACUAGAUAAUGUAUAAGCAAACCUUGAAUAAAAACUGACAAAGGGACCUUGGCUUAAAGCCAAUGGAGUUAAAAAGUGUUCCUAUAAAAGUAUUUAUGUUGCUUUUCUCAG